AUGGACGAAGACGACGGCGACUUCACCUUCGCCGUAGCCGCGCCUUUGGCAGGCAGCGACGGGAUCUUCCCCGGCGACCGGCGGAUAGGUGCCGGCCGGAUGUACCCGGUCUUCGGCCGGCCGAGGUCGCCGCCGCGCCGGCAGGCUCCGGAGCAGGAGCCGGAGACGACGACGGCCACCGCACGCGUGCCGCUUGGGCGUGUCCUACUGGUGGACCGAGGACGAGCAGGAGCAGCGCAGCCCCCCUAUGAUGAGGAGCCGGAGAAGACGCGCUACUUCUCGUGGUGUCCCGGGUUGUCGGCGGCGGCCAAGCCGGCAACGCGCUGCCGAAAAAGCGGCUCCACGGGGUCGCUCCUGCAGUGGAGUCAGCGGCUCCUCGGACGGAGCCACAGCGACGGCAAGGAGAAGUUCGUGUUCUUGGACGCCGCGGGCCCCUCCGGCUCCGAGCGCAAGGCGAGCGGCGGCGGCCAUGUGACUGCGUGGAGCUAUUACGCGAAGGCCGGCGCCGGUGCCGGCGGCAGCAACCAUGGCGGGCGGCGGAGGUCGUUCCUCCCGUACAGGCAGGACCUCGUGGGGUUUUUCGCCAGCCCCACCGCGUUCCGUCGGAGCUAUCACCCGUUUUGACGUACUGAAUUACUGAUCGCUACUUCUUUUCCUGCUCCUAUGGUGCUCGAUGUUUGCGUUGCUUCCCUGCGUACUUGUACGAACGAAUCCGUAGAGUAAUUCUGUGUGAUUGGUAAUUUUUGGCUGGCAUGCUAAUUUAUCAGCUGGUAACAAGUGUGUAAAACGGUUAUUGCAGCAGCACAAUCCAUAUAGUUAAUUGUAUUUUUUUCGAUAA